UUGUAAUUUCCAAAGGCGGUACGAGCCUUUGGGCAAUUUCGACUUGUUAACCCCCAAUCUCUUCAUCUUAAAGACAAUAAUAAUACACUACUACUCUGCCCUACGCACAGUCUUUCUCUUUGCAGUGUUUCUGCUUUUUGUUAUCUAUGUCUUCUUUGAGGACCUUACAUGCAAGAUCGUUGGCGGAUCUUGAUUCCUUCUUGAAUAAGCCGUGGUUCUCGUCAAGAUCCGUUUAGGUGGGUAGGCAUUGCUGCCAUCGAAUCGUUCAAGUGGCAUCCAAAUCGUCACGGGCCUCCUACUUUCCCUACAUCUCUUUAGGCUAGACCUUUCGUACCUACCUCCUUACCUAGAUCUUUCUAGGUAGUGCAAUCGUACAGAUGAAGGGAUAAAUGUCCCUUCUUGCUGCCUACCUUCCUAACUCUCGUAACAACGAACAAUAUGUCCCGUCCUAAUCGACCUUCUCUGGGCCAAUAUGACUUUGCGCUUCGUAAUCCACCAACAAACCAACCACACAAUCGUUCGAGAGCCAAUUCGAGACUUCCCGACUACGAGCCUAUAAGAAUUCCCGAAGUUCAAAUCGAUUCGAGUUCUGACGACGAUAUACCUGUAUCAAAGCCGAGGCGUCCUGCCCAGCACUCUCGUUCAAUGAGCCAUCCGUUUCCCUCGCUCUUUUCUAGCAAGAAGAAGAAGAAUGGUCGAGCCGACGAUCAAUUUGGAGACGAUGACUCUACCGAUGAUGUGAGUCCCAAACAAAACCUACGGCAGAACAUACAACCAAAUGCGGCUCCUAGGAGGAUUCCACGUGGACCGGCAGAUUUCUCGACCGGGAAUUGUAUGACAUGUGCUAGCUUGGUUAGAUGGCCCAAGGAACUUCAUAUCUUCAGGUGUACCAUCUGCUUGACGAUCAAUGAUCUCAAACCAUACGAUUCCACUGCCGGCUUUGGUGGAACACAGCCCGGUACUAGUGGCCCAGUACCACCAAAUGGGACUGAAUCCGUGCCCUCACGGCCGCUUCAACCACCGCCAAACUCCAUUUCACUUGAUCGCACGAGACAUAUUAUAAAGCAAUGCUUGCGUUUGGCAUUGCAAUCUUGGACGUCGGUGCAUCCGGACCGAGAGCUCUCUGAAAACUGGCCUGGCAGGUCCUUGUCUAGGCCAUCUAAUGAGUAUUUUACACGGAACGAAUCCCCGAGUAAGCAAAACAGUUCGCCCAGUUCAGCUGCUAGUCCACCCAGCUAUAUCUAUAAUGCCGUAUUCGAUGAACCCACUGGACUCAACAUUGAACCAAACCCACUAGAUAAUACUCCGUCUACGGCUAGAUCGUACUCGACAUCCUACCCCGAUGCUAGGAGUGCAACAUUUCCUCUUACUAACCAAGUAAUUGGACGUGCUCCUAACCCAAACGUAACGGUUUCGGAAUUGGAGCCCAAGAGGAUUUUCAAGAGACUGGAAGAGUAUCUUAUCUCUUGCUUUAGCUCUCAUGCAUGUGUUAAUAAUUCAUUUGUCACCCGGCACAUGAGCGCUAAUUCUAGGCUUCCACCUGAGAUUGUUAAGAAGCGAGUUGUGGUAAAUAAGAAGGAGCCGGUCCGUGAUGAACCUCCUAUCUCAGAACUCGACGCCAAGCUUUUGCUUUUAGGCGACUUUGCGGAAAAUGGCACGUGGUGGACUGGAAGUCAAGAGGAUGUCGCACCUCCGAAGAGCACACAUCGGCGAAAAGAGAGUAUACCUUCAAUCAUAACAGCUAAAUCUCCUCGGAUCGACUGGGGUAUGGUCAUUGAGUGGUAUCAUGUAAUCAUCAACGCGGCCGAGCUAUGGCCAGAAGUAUAUGCUGAGAUGACACAACUUGACCCAUCUCAAAAACUGGGAGAUGUAAGAUUGCAGCAGUUCGAGGCCUUCGCCAUUGCGGCUCAGGAACAUAUUCAGCGGGUCCUACUGAAAUGCACGGAAACGCUCUUAAAAAGACCUGGACGAUUAAUGGUGGAACCUCAAGCCGUUCGUUUCUUACUGUUGAUGUUGGCCAAUCCUCUCCUCACUUCAGGGUCCAAGUCGUAUACUGGUCGGUACCAACGUCCGAGCAAGGGGAAAGGUCUCGCCGCAGAACAGGAUUCAGAAGAACAGGCCAAACCACCGCCAGGGCGACACUCUGGAAUCAUUAAACGAAUCCUCGGUCUGCUAGCGAACUCGUCGGAACAGUGCCAUCAUCAUUUAGUAACAUGGCUCUCGAGACUACCCGAGCAUCUCUUUCUUCAAAUUAAGGACCUCAUCAGCAGUUUCAUUACCUACCGACUGACCAGACAGAGCGAAAAGAAAGUAGAACCACAAAUCGAUGUGACCGGUGGAUUGAUACCACAAAUGUCCAAUUCUCGCUCUGGAAAUACACCAGCGACACUUCAUGCUGCUUUGGAGGCAUCGAAAGCCAAGAAACAAAAGCAACCCAUCGAACCAAAACGUGCGGCAUAUACAGACGACUGGCAAAUUAGAGCUGCCGCAAAGGUCAUGGCCCUUAUAUUUUCUGCCAAUAACUUGACAUACGUCCGACACAAUAGACCCGAUGGGCGUAGCUAUGGUCAUUUGUUGUCAACAAGUGACUUUUACAAUUCGCUGGUCGAUUGUUUAGACUUCAAAGCCGAUUUUGAGCUGUGGGAAUCGAAAAGGGGCAGAUUUGCUUUUUGCCAGUAUCCAUUCUUUCUCAGCAUUUGGGCGAAGAUUCAGAUUUUGGAAUUUGAUGCGAAACGACAGAUGGCCGGGAAGGCAAGAGAGGCAUUCUUCGACAGUAUUUUGACGCACAAAAACUAUGCGCAAUACCUUGUUCUUAGUAUCCGUCGGGAUUGCCUAGUUGAGGACAGUCUGAAGAAAGUGAGCGAAGUCGUCGGUAGCGGCAGCGAGGAUAUCAAAAAGGGUUUACGCAUAGAAUUCCAGGGAGAAGAAGGUGUCGAUGGUGGAGGGCUCCGGAAGGAGUGGUUUCUACUUCUUGUCAGAGAGGUGUUCAACCCAGACCACGGACUCUUCGUUUAUGACGAAGAUUCACGUUUUUGCUACUUCAACCCCAAUACCUUCGAAACGUCAGACCAAUAUUUCCUGGUCGGAGUACUACUUGGGCUGGCCAUAUAUAAUUCAACAAUACUGGACGUCGCCUUCCCACCAUUUGCUUUCCGAAAAUUGCUGGCGUCUGCUCCCCCUCCCGCCAUUGGCGCCCCUGCUCACUCACGCCCCACAAUGAAUUACUCAUUAGACGACUUAGCCGAAUUCCGUCCAGUCCUUGCAAAGGGACUUCGGCAACUGUUGGAUUUCGAGGGAGACGUCCAAUCUACCUUUUGUCUCGACUUCGUGAUCGAAGUUGAAAAAUACGGUACUAGGGUUCGAGCUCCGCUCUGUCCAGGAGGCGAGACGAAGAUGGUGACGAAUGCCAACCGACGAGAAUAUGUUGACCUUUAUGUCCGAUAUUUGCUCGACACUUCAGUUAGUCGACAAUUUGAACCUUUCAAGCGAGGCUUUUUUACUGUGUGUGCCGGUAAUGCAUUGACGCUCUUCAGGCCAGAAGAGAUUGAGCUCCUCGUCCGUGGCUCGGAUGAAGCGUUGGACAUUACCUCUUUACGGGGAGUUGCCGUUUACACGGGGUGGCCUAAGAACGUGAAUCCCAGGAGAGAACCGAUAGUGCAAUGGUUCUGGGAUACUUUCGAAAGAGCUUCACCCGCGGAUCAGCGUCGGUUGUUAUCUUUCAUAACUAGCAGUGACCGUAUUCCCGCCAUGGGUGCGACAUCACUCGUUAUUAGGAUCAAUCUUCUAGGUGAAGACGAAGGUCGGUUCCCUUCUGCAAGGACCUGUUUUAAUAUUUUGUCCCUAUACCGCUACACCUCGAAGGCAAGAUUGGAAGAAUGUUUGUGGCGGGCAGUAAAUGAGAGUGAAGGAUUUGGACUUAAGUGAGGACGGGCUCAUGACAGCAUUGCAUUGGCGUUUACGGACUCAGUACGAUAACUAGGACUUUCCGAGAAGCCUACGAAUUGACAUUGGGUCUUCUUUUGUCGUGACCGAUAUGGUUCUUUAGUCCUUGGACGAGAGAACCUGUAGCAGAAGUGGCGUUCAGAGAUUAUACCCAACUACGUAGCUGUAUUAGUACAUACAAUAUAUGACAAACGUACUAAAUAAAAAAUGAAAACUUGACG